AGGGCUGAUGGGCUGCCCUGAGGGUGAAUACCGGGAUCCCUUGGUCAAAAGUUGUAUGUCCUGUCGUGCCGUAUGCAUGAAACCACAGAUUAUCCCAAGAUGCAACAGAUACUGUGAGUCAGAACAUUGUAAGUCACAGCCUGGCAACUACUACGAUGGGCUGCUGAAGAAAUGUGUGAGGUGUUCUCAGGUGUGUGGCAGACAUCCUGCAGAAUGCUUCCAGCUCUGUCAAAAAAAUUCCAAAGGGUUUGUGGUAUCGACGGCGCUGGAAGACCCCACCAUCGUCCUCUACUCCCUCCUGGGUCUAUGCAUGGUGUUGCUGCUGUCUAGCUUGUCUCUAGCCCUGGCAGUUUUGAUAAGGGGAGGCAAGGCCAAAAAGUCCAAACAAGUACCUAAAGCAGCUAAUCACACGCAGGAGCUUCUGGUCCAGCCAGGCCAAGAGGUUGGUCAGCAAGGAUUCCAGCCAGAGCGACGCUCCAAAGAUUGUGUACCAAAUUCAAGCCUUCCCACCUACCGUGAGCCACUGGAGGACUCCAGCCCCACCGAGACCUGUGUUUGUGUCCACUGCUUCCCUGAUCUGACAGCACUAAGCCAGAGCAAUGACAGGCCACUGAGAGCACCUUUCUCUUUCUACCAGCAAGCUGUCCCCCAGCGGCCCCAGGUCCAAAAGGGAGGCCUCCGCUACCCUGAGGAGAGCUUACACAUCUUUGGACUGGAAGCACAGGAGGAGGCGGCAGUGGGAUGAGGCUCAUGUUGCUGUCUUUCUUAUCUGUGCCACACAGGAAAAUUGGAAAGAAUAAACACGUC